UGAAACCGCUUUAGGCUGUUCUUACUGUAACAACCAUGAUUGUGACCGAGAAAACUUCUAUUCACAUUUCAGUUGGCGGUCAAUUUUGUCAAAGUUUUUCCUUAGAGGACUAAUGCAUACCAAGUUGCAAUGAAAUCAUCUUCCUAUGUGAAUGUAACAAUGUUUUUACCUAAUGACAAAUGAUUUCAUUAUUUCAAUGUCUUUGGACAAGAUGACUCUGCAGUAUUCAAAUUCAAAUCUAUUGCAGCUGAGGCAACAGGAUAUUGGAUUUUCUUUCUUUGUGAUUUUUCAUUGUAUAUUUCCUCUUAUUUUAACAGUAAACCUAUCUUUUUUCUUAUUUCUGAACACAUGUUUAUCCAAGUCAAUUGAUGAUGGCUACUUUAUCAGCUACUAAUAUCAACUUUUCCUUUGUUCUCAGUUCUUUAGUUUUACAAGAUAUUGAGCUGUGAACUGGUAUAAGUGACCUCUUGGUGAACAUUGAAUGUAAUACCUGUAAAGUGUAAACAUCUGAGCAUUAUAGUUCAACCUGUCAUGUAGGCCCAAUUUCGUUCAUGAAGAAGUUUUCAUACAAAGAUGUAAAGAGGGCAACUGAUGGCUUUCACAGGAUAAUAUACAGCAAUUCCCGUGGGGCUGCUUAUAAGGCCAAAUUUGAAGGUGGUGAAGUUGCUUUGGUAAAAGAAGCAAGAGCUUUUGAUGAAGGAAUAGACAACUUCUAUAGAGAAGUGCAAUUCUUGGGGCGAUUGCAUCACCGCCAUCUUCUUGCACUCAGAGGGUUUUCCACAGGGCAUAAGAGGUUAUUAGUGUUUGACAAUAUUGAAAAUGGAAGCUUGAAGGAGCAUUUUAAUGAUCCUCUAAGGACUCCUUUGAAUUGGAAAGCAAGGCUACAAAUAGCUGUUGGUGUGGCAGCAGCAUUGGAGUACUUACUUCUUUUCAGUAACCCACCGGUUUAUCAUGUCUCCAUCAGCUCAAGCAAUAUCAUGUUUGAUGAAAACUUUACUGCUAAGCUGUCUGAUGUUGGCCUUCUAAGUUCUGUUGGAACUUAUGUCGAAAUGCCUCAUCCGUCAUGUUCAGAAGAAUGUCUGGAGCAGGAAUGUGGCAACAUAAUUUUUCAGCUUGGAGUGCUGAUAUUGGAGCUAAUAACUGGCCAGUCAUCAGAACAAGGAGGGACCGAUUUAAUCCAAUGGGUCCAAGGAUCUCGCCUUAGCAGUUCAAUCCAUAUGAUGAUAGAUCCAGACCUAGGGAACAAUUAUGAUUCUAGGGAACUUAAGAAGCUUCUAUCUGUAGCAAGAUUAUGUAUAAAAUCUAAGAACAACCCAAAGUUUCCCAUUCCACAGGUAUUUCGUUAUCUCCAGAAAAAGGUGGACAUUCCUUACUAGUGUUUGUAAUAUGAGGUUUCUUUUAUACAAAAAAAAAAAAUCAUAUUUAUAGGAAGUUUAGUUUAUUCUUUCAUGGAGUUUUCACCAGAUUUUUAUCUCUCCUGAACAAUCAGGAAGAGAGAUGCAACAGACUGCAAUAUAUAGCAAUAUGAUCAAGAAUUGAUUCAUUUUUCUUUC